AAGCCCAUUUAAGGCAAGGAGGCCCAGACUAGUAUAUCCUUCGCCCCUUCUCCACCUCACGGGUCCUCUCCUGUUGCCCUAAUCCCCUCCCUCCCGCAUCUCCACCGGCUGCGGCGGCGGCGGCGGCGUCGACCGGCUCACCAGCGGUACCAGCAGCAAUGGGGAGGUACAGCCCCGCGUACCAUAGCCCUCCUAGGAGAGGACAUGGUGGCAGGGGAAGAAGCCCGCCGCCAAGGAGAGGGUACGGCGGUGGCGGUGGCGGUGGCGGUGGCGGUGGCGGUGGCGGCGGCGGCGGCGGCGGCGGCGGCGGCCGUGGUGGGCGUGGCGGUGACCAAGGUUCUGUCAGCCUCCUGGUCCGCAACAUCCCACUGAGAUGCAGGCCUGAGGAGCUCCGAGUUCCCUUUGAAAGGUUCGGUCCUGUGAGGGACGUGUACCUGCCAAGAGACUAUCACACUGGGGAGCCAAGGGGGUUUGGAUUCGUGGAGUUUGUUGAUGCUUAUGAUGCUUCUGAGGCGCAAUACCACAUGAACCGCCAGAUGUUUUCUGGGCGUGAGAUCACUGUUGUUCUUGCUGCGGAUACACGGAAAAGGCCUGAGGACAUGCGUAGACGAAUGGGGCCAAGAGGGUAUUCUGAUCAUGAAGGGCGUCGACCUUCUCGCCGUGGUCGGUCUCGUUCUCGUUCAUACUCACGUUCACGUUCUCCGCGCCCCCGUGGCCGUGCUAGAUCCCGGUCAUACUCUCCAGCCCCCAGAAGGCGUGAUGAUUACUCUGCUUCCCCAGCACGGGCUAAGGAAGAGCACAGAAGGACAUCGAAGCAGCCUAAAGAACAUGAUGGCGAUAAGAAGCGGAGAUCAUAUACACCUGAGGAUAGGAAUGAUCGUCGUGGUGCAGACAAUGGUCAUGAUGAGAGGAGGAAGUCUCCAGUCGCAGCAGCAGAGGAGGACGAGGAGCCCCGCGGCGGUCGCCGCAGGUCGCCCCGCCCAUCAGUGUCGCCUCCAGGGUCACGGUCCAGGUCGGCGUCGCCUGCCAGUAGCGGCUAAUGUGAAACGGGUUUGAUGUGCCGCCGAUAGAAAGUGGCGGUCGAAAGUGUGUCGCUUCAUCUGUGUGAUGUUGGUUGAAGGUUAGCUGGUAGAAGCUUGUUAUGUUUUGACGGGGAGAAGAUUGAAAGGUACGACGAGCGGCAAGAAGGAUGGAAGGUUUGAAAGGCGGGGUAUUGGCAAGAGACGGUUACCAAGUAGUACUGGUGUUGGUACUUUUGUUGUUGAGGGACUUGAGUUGUGAUGACCCUAGCUAUUUGGUGUUUGAAGUUGAUUUGGCAUUUGAAUUCA